AUGAAAGCCCAAGCUUUGGCCGAUUACUUGUCCGAGAACCCGGUGGAUGAAGAAUAUGAACCUUUGAGGACUUACUUUUCUGAUGAAGAGGUAAUUCAUAUUAAUGAAGUCGAGAAGGAUGAAAAGUCUAGUUGGAAACUCUUCUUUGAUGGGGAAGCCAACAUGAAAGGCGUUGGAAUAGGAGUUGUACUCAUUUCUAAAAUAGGGCACCACUACCCUGUCACAACUCAGCUUUGUUUCUAUUUUACCAACAACAUGGCCAAGUACGAAGAAUGUAUUCUGGGUUUAAGGUUAGCUGUGGACAUGAGAGUCCAAGAAGUGUUGGUUUUGGGAGAUUCAGAUCUGUUAGUGCACCAGAUCCAGGGAGAAUGGGAGGCCCGAGAUUUGAAACUCAUACCGUAUCGACAAUGUCUACAGGAUAUCUGUCAGCGGUUCAGAUCAGUGGAGUUUAGGCAUAUCCCUAGGAUCCACAAUGAGGGUUCCAGGAAAUGGCAAGAGAAGUUGCCCUUUGCUUUGUUGGGCUAUCGCACUACUAUUCGCACUUCAAAAGCAGUUCAUGUUCAAGAAAUCAGGCACCCACCUGGAGAAACAAUGGAAGACAAUUCAAAGGAAAAGCAGUCUCAAGAGAAAGCAGUUCAGGUUCAGCAAUCAGGUGCCCACCUGGAGAACAAGGGAAGACGACACAAGCUCAAAGGAAAGCAGGUCAAGCUCAGCAAUCAGGCGCCCACCUGA